AUGAGGAGAUCUAUUGCGAAUGGAGGACAGUGGUGCUUUCAAAGGGGAAGAACGAAGGCUUCUUGUGGUAUUUUCCUCAGGCUUCUUGACCGGCGAAGCCGGGUGAGAUUAAGCCUUGGUGUUGGUAAAGUCUUUGGCGGCUUCAGCCCGCUUCUCUUUUUGUUGAACAUUUCCCACUUCUUCUUCUUCUUCUUCUUCUUCUUCUUCUUCUUUUUCUUCUUCCUCCUCCUCCUCCUUCUCCUUCUUCUUCCUCCUCCUCUUCAUUCCUCCUCCUCCUUCUUCUUCUUCUUCCUCCUCCUCCUUCCUUCUUUCCUUCCUUCCUUCCUUCCCUCCUCCUCCUCCUUCUUCUUCUUCUUCUUCCUCCUCCUCCUCCUUCUUCCUCCUCCUCUUCCUUCCUCCUCCUCCUCCUUCUUCUUCUUCCGCCUUCUUCUUCUUCUUCCUCCUCCUCCUCCUUCCUUCCUUCCCUCCUCCUCCUUCUUCUUCUUCUUCCUCCUCCUCCUUCUCCUUCCUCCUCCCUUCCUCCUCCUCCUCCUCCUUCUUCUUCUUCGCCCUUCUUCUUCUUCCUCCUUCCUUCCUUCCUUCCUUCCUUCCUUCCUCCUCUCCUCCUUCUUCUUCUUCUUCUCCUCCUCCCUCCUUCCUUCCUCCUCUUCUUCCUUCCUCCUCCUCCUUCUUCUUCUUCUUCUUUCUUCUUCUUCUUCUUCCUCCUCCUCCUCCUCCUUCCUUCCUUCCUUCCUUCCUUCCUCCUCCUCCUUCUUCUUCUUCUUCCUCCUCCUCUUCCUUCCUCCUCCUCCUUCUUCUUCUUCCGCCUUCUUCUUCUUCUUCCUCCUCCUCCUUCCUUCCUUCCUUCCCUCCUCCUCCUCCUUCUUCUUCUCCUCCUCCUCCUCCUCCCCCUCUUCUUCUUCUUGCUCUGGUUGGGGACUCUCAUUCUGCUUCUGCUGGAGGGAAGUGGUUGUACUUUUGGGUCACUUCUUGACGACUUCCGUCCACUCUCCAGUUUUCUUGUUUGCCUGUGCUGUUGCCUGUGAUGUUGCUGCUUCGGUUUUGUUUUGGUGGGGUGGAAUUUUCAGGCAGGAUUUUGUCCCGGGCAAGCCUUCGGCAAAUGCCCCGCAGCUUCACAAGCCCAACAAAGUGGUCGACGACCCGCCACAAUGA